AUGGGGAAGGCACAGAGCAUUAGGGUUCCUUCCGCUGUGAAAGAGUCGCUGUCGAAUGCUGGUAUCGAUAUACCCGUCCCGGCAAUGACUGAGUGGCGCAGAGGGCAUGUUGAGGGUGUAGAUUGGGUGGCAGUAGUGCGCAGAGAGCAAACGAGGCUGGACGAUUUGGAACAGCUUGCGUCACAAGUCCAAGAGGAACGGGAGCGGCAGAGGGCAUACGAGCAAGAACAGCAGAGGGAAAUCUCAAAGCUACUUGCUAAGAUACGAGCCCAGGCGCAACAAGAGCUAGCCAUCGCUAGAUCGCACGUCGAUUCUGUGGAAAGUGAUGCAGAAGAUUCUGGAUCAGAAGAGGACUGUUCAGAGGAAGCAGAAUCUGGCGAUGAUAAUCAGGACGAUCUUGAUGCUAGACAUCUAGGAGGAUAUGGAAACACUUCAGAGGAAGAGGGAGAAUCAGAAGCCGAUGAACUUGAGGAAGAGGAAGACACCUUGGUAGAGGAAGAUGAAGAAGCAGACGAGCUCGAAGAAGCUACUGAAGAAGAGCGCUCGGAUGGAGAAGAUUGUUCCCCAGAAGAGACCGACGGGGAAGAGGAAGAGGAAGAGGAGGAGGAGGAGGACGACGACGACGACGAUGAAAUAUAUCAAAACCAAGAAGACGCGCGUCCCUCGAUUAAGGCCGAAAGAGUUGCACAGAUUGCAGACCAAAGGAUCCCCAGUGCACAAUCCAGAUAUUGGGUCCCCAGGGGGCGGAACACAGGAGCGAUGAUAAAACAAGAAAGUCGCCUUAGUGUGGCGAGAGCUCUACCAAGAGAACCGGCAUCGAUAUCUGCCGAUGAGGAUGAUGACAUGCGCAUCGCAAAUGGAACUCAACUUCAAGACGAACGGCAACUGAACGACCGCAUGGAGACGGAUUCUAAAGAUGAGCUAUUCAACCGGAUCAAAAGCGAAAGUAGGAUACGUGCACAAGAUUCCGCACGCUUCGAGAACAACAUGGAACGCACUAAUGUUGUCAAAUCGUAUUAUCCAUGCAAUCCCCGUUCACCCAUCGCGUUUGCAGAUUCCGUCACACUCAGAUUUGUCAGUCCUGAGGAUUGGGAGCGACGUUGGCAGAGGGCACAGCGUCGCACGAGCAUACGCAUGGUCAUUUUCGAACCAAGCUUUGCUGUCACUGUGUAA